CAUCAUCGCUUCACUUGAACCUAUAUAAACGAAAGUAAGCAAAGCAGCAGAGCUAGGGUUUGAGAGGAUUUAUAGGGUUUCUUGCUCUCAUCCUCUUCAAUUCCCAUAGAAACCUUCAUCAUCUUCGAUAAUGGCGGUCGGGAAGAACAAGAGGAUUUCCAAGGGAAAGAAGGGAGGAAAGAAGAAGGCGGUGGAUCCCUUCGCCAAGAAGGAUUGGUAUGAUAUCAAAGCUCCGUCGAUCUUCAAUGUCCGGAAUGUUGGCAAAACUCUCGUCACCCGUACGCAGGGGACCAAGAUUGCUUCUGAAGGUCUCAAACACCGAGUGUUUGAGUGUUCCUUGGCUGACCUCCAGGCUGAUGAGGAUCAGUCCUACAGGAAGAUCCGUCUUAGAGCAGAGGAUAUCCAAGGAAGGAAUGUCCUCACAAACUUUUGGGGAAUGGAUUUUACAACCGACAAAUUAAGAUCACUGGUCCGUAAGUGGCAAACCUUGAUUGAGGCGCAUGUAGAUGUGAAGACGACAGACAACUACACCCUGAGAAUGUUUUGCAUUGGAUUCACCAAGAGGCGCCCUAACCAGGUUAAGCGAACCUGUUAUGCCCAGUCAAGCCAAAUCAGACAGAUUCGCAGAAAAAUGAGGGAAAUCAUGGUUAACCAGGCAACAUCCUGUGAUCUCAAGGAGUUGGUGCAGAAGUUCAUCCCUGAGGUGAUUGGAAAGGAGAUCGAGAAGGCGACAUCCAGCAUCUAUCCUCUGCAGAAUGUCUUCAUUCGGAAAGUCAAGAUCCUCAAGGCCCCAAAAUUUGAUCUUGGCAAGCUGAUGGAGGUUCAUGGUGACUACUCGGAAGAUGUCGGAGUGAAGUUGGAGAGGCCAGCAGAUGAACCAAUUGCAGAGGCAGAAGCUGAAGUUGUUGGCGCUUAAGGUUUUAAGUGUUUUCAUUUUCCCUUUCUAUCUUCAAUUUUCAUGGAAUGUUUGAGGAUUUUGUUUUAGUGGAUGGAGAAUUUUGAGAGAUGACAAUACUUGUUUCUUGAUUAGAAUGAGAAUUUAUUUGAUACAGUAUUUUCGCUA